AUGAGUCAAACUAAUACAUCUGGGGUCUACGACAUGAUCACGUCGAUUCCUCCGAUUGAAUCUAUUUUCUACGGAAUUGCUCUGACCUUGCUGUCAGUCCUCACGCUUACGGGAAACAGCCUCGUCUGUCUCGCAGUUUGGCGAUUUAGGAAUUUACGAAGCCUGACAAACUAUUUGGUGUGUAGUCUGGCCUGCGCGGACCUGUUGGUUCCACUUCUACGAGUGAUCUACAUUAUGAUAUCUGUGUUUUCAGGUGAAUGGAUUUUUGGCGAAAUAUGGUGCAGCAUUUCUUCAAUGUGUGGUGUGCUCUUAUGCGGUGCGUCUAUUCUUCACCUCUGCGCGAUUAGCAUCGAGCGACUGAUUGCCAUAAAAUGGCCUUUGUCGUACAAUAAUAAAGUUACUCCAAAAAGAAUCAUCAUGCUACUAAUCUACAUAUGGCUACAGUCGUUUUUACUUUCUGUGUUCCCUGCCUUGGGACUUGUAGAUCAUCGUUUCAACAAAGUCAUGGCUGAAUGCGAAAUACACUGGCUGAAACAUCCAACUUUGGUAAUUCUGCUUAUCCUGUUCUACUUCCUUCUUCCUGUGACAACAAUGUUGGUUGCUUAUGCGUUCAUCUUUAAGGAAGUUCGACGAAAUUCUCGACGCAUUUCCGCAAUCGAGUGCAGUGGGACUCAGUGUUCAAAGAAUAAGCUUAAAAGGGAAAUGAAAGCUGCGAAAACUCUAGCUGUUGUUGUCGGUGUGUUUUUUAUUACGUGGACGCCUUAUUUCGUAGUCACCACUAUACGCGCUUUUCAAGGAGACAGGAUUAUCCCAAACGCUCUCCAGCGAACAGUAAUUACUUUAGCCUAUGGUAAUUCCUGUUGCAAUUUUGUUAUUUACGCACUCAUGAACUCUCAACUAAGGAACGCUUUUAAUCAAAUUCUGAGAAGUUGUAUUCGGCAUAAACAGUCUGAUUUCAAUUCCACACAAUCCUUGAAUAUGACCGCAGUUGUUAAAACAACCAAGCGUGCCACUUUUACCGAUAAAGCGACUCGAUAUCACAAAGACACUUCAGAAAAGAAUUGUUAA